GAGAACUUGAUACCACUAAAUUAUUCCACCUCUCUAGAAAACCAGCACAAUUUAACAAACCGGCAAAAAGUAAACUUGAAGUUAUCAAUCAUUUAAAAUGGAUUCAUGUGAUGCCAGAGCCAAAGAUGAUGUACCCAACAUGGACCAUUCGUAUUCCGGUACCAUUGGCACCAAAAAUAACGAAACACAGAGCUCUUCAGAAACUCAGAAAAUUCCUUUGCUGUUUUCAAAAAGGUUAGCGAUUGUUAUGAUACUUUUUGUGGGGAAUAUUACUGCAUUUCUUAUAAAAUAUAACGUGAAUGUUGCUGUGAUCGAUAUGACCUUCCAGAAGAGAGUUAAAAUAGGGAACGUGACAGUAAUACAACAACCAGAGUUUCUAUGGAAUUCCAAAACAAUUGGAACGGUGAUAAGCCUAACUGCAUAUGGAGCCCUAUUAGCAUUCAUGAGCGGAUUUGUGAUAUCCAAACUCGGUGCAUCAUUAAGCUGUGCUUUAUCCAUGAUGAUGUGUGGUAUUACUACUUUAUUGUACUCGAUCGCUUUACACUACAACUUCUAUUCAUUUGUGGCGUGUCGUUUAUUAACAGGCAUAUUCCUGGGCUUCUAUUUCCCAUCUUUUCUGGAAAUAUUUUCUCGUUGGGUACCACAAUGUGAAAGAGUAAGUCUAUUGGCAUUCACCUACAACGGGCUCUCCGUAGGCUUAGCGCUCGUUCAUCCUUUUUGUGGGUUUUUGGCUUUCAAAUGGGGAUGGCCCAUGAUAUUUUAUACUACAGGUUCCAUAAGUUUAAUAAUGGCGUUGCUUUUCCUGACUUUGUUGAAAAAUAGUCCAUCAGAAGACAAGUCCAUUUCCAAAAAAGAACUUUCAUAUAUACUCGACGGAUUAGAAACCAAAAACUCUACACAGAAAGUUGUUCAUCCAUACAGAAAAAUUGCAACAUCUUUGUCAAUUUGGGCCCUGUGCAUCGCAUACUUUGUUCACAUAAGUGUAAUAUGCUUUUUGGGGGAUUGUCUCCCUUUAUAUAUCAAAGAUAUCACAGGAAAGAACAUCAAAGAUGUGGGGUUCAUUACAUCUGUUCCUAACAUAGUAAACGUGUUUAUGUUUUCACUCACUGGUUUCUUGUUCCAAUAUUGGAAAAAUAACAGCAAUAUUUCAUCAACUCGGAUGAGUAAAAUAGUAAUGGCCUUCGGAUUCAUUAUUGAGAUGGUUUUGUUUUUGGCUCUUACAAUGGUUUCAGAUUUCGUUACAAUAAUGUUUAUUCUCGUUGCUAUGCGUUUCAUUACACCACUCAACAGUUUGAAUAUACAAUUGAUCGUGAUCAAUAUAGCUCCAGGUCAUACAGGGAUGAUCGCUGGCAUUGGUGAAUUCUGUUCUCAACUAGCUAAUAUACUCACUCAAACUAUUAUUGGCUUCAUGACUGUAAACAGAAGCAUGGAAGAAUGGAAUAGAUGUUUUAAUCUCAUAGCUGGAAUUUGUGCCUUCUCUACUGUUAUAUUUACUUUAUUCGGAUCCAGUGAAGCUCAAGGGUGGGCUUUAGAACCAUCAUCAAAUCAUAAAGAUGAUCGUAAUUCUUCUUCCUCAAGCAUAAGAACAAUCACGAAGUGAUAUUCUGAAGAAUGUCGAGCUCACAAAAUGGAAACUGAAAACCUGUAGAUCGCUCAAGCAUUAAUUUCAUGAUUUUAAUAAAUAAAAGUUCAU